UCCUGGCGUAUGACUGGAAAGCAGAACCAAUUUAUGUGAUUAAAAUUGUCGUUCUUUUUAAAGAUGUAGGCAGAAGCUGAGACACAAACCAGACAGAAAGGACUUUUUCUGACUUUUGGCUGUUGGCAUCUCAGAAGACCAAAUCUUUGGGUAUCUUGAUAUCUGGAAAAAAAGAAUUUGUCUAAGAAUAUGCUUGGAGAAGCCUUCCUAACUGAAUUCCUUUACAAAGAACAGAAACAUGUAAACUUUUACAAACCAGUAAGAUGUAAGAAGACAUCAAAUGAUGCAAAGGGAAAUUGUGAGAAUAAGCUUUUAGAUAUGAAGGGCAAUUCACCUCCCCCUUUUAAGACUGGAAAUCAAGAGAAAGUUAUAGAAGGAAGUCUAACCAAACAAGAAAAUUAUACAACUCAAUUGAAAUCUGGGGAUGAACUACAUGCUGCAAAAUUCAAAAGUACAGCUCUUCCAGGAAAUGUAUCCAUUGCAUUGCCCAUUCCAAAGAGGGGACAUGAUGAAACACAACUGGAUUUAUAUCGAUCCUGGUCAUGUACAAGUAUUUGCCAGAAUUAUCCUGACCUACAGAUAGGAGGUGACCAUGUUAGAAACAUGUAUGACUCUGGCUGCUUUGUGGAACACACCCAUGAUGAUGUUUGCAAUGGUCCUCUUUUACUUUCGGUGGAUAUACCAUUGGGCCACUCUACUAAAAUUGAGCCUCCAGAGAAAACCUCUACCUCAAAAUUAUUAAAUGGUGAUGAAAUACGAGAAAAAAGCAUGCUAUUACAUAAGCAACCUCUCUCUAAUUCUAUGCUUAACAGUUACAUGGAAAAAAAGGUGGAAGAACUUUACAAACAGUUUUUGGAAGAAAGUCUUACCAGGUGCCUCUCCAUAACCAACCUCAUGGCUUCUAAUAUACUGAUGAAUAAUGUCAAUCAAAUUAGCCUUCAAAUCUCUCAAGAGCAGAACAUAGAGUCAUCCAAAGCCCGAGAAGCCCUCCUCCACUCUUUAGCACUAUGUAAUUUUCUAAAUGUUUCCCACAGAAACAGUUCUGAAUUAAGCACUCCUAACUUGCAAAUAUCCAGCCAGAUUAGUCGGAAACUUGUAUGACAUUUAUAGUAGGAAUCAAAUAAAGAUUGGGUACAUUGAGUAAGAGACUACAAUAAAAAUUAUGUUCUCUUGUUUUUCAUGUCUCAUUGAGUUUCCUCUGCUUUUGUGACUUUUUUGAGAAAUUAUUUUGGUACAUUUGAAUUCUUGUGGAAGAUAAGUAAGAUUUAUGACCAAUUAUGUUUUCUUUUUGUUUUGAUACCUCUGGUAUUUACUGUGUUCAAAUUGGUGUGCUCUGUAUGUAUAUAUUAUCACUAAGAUUUUUUUUUUUUACCACAAAAGUGGUAUGAGGAAGGAGUCUGUAAUUCUAAGCUACUGAAGCUGCCAAAGGAGCUGUAUCAGAAAUGUGUACAGGUAUAUAAUCAGUGUUUAAAUAACCUUAUUAUUUGUGAUACAAAAGACCAUUUACACUGACAAUCAGAAUAGCCUGAAGGAGUUUUUCCAUGUACAAAGACCAUUUUCAUAUGUAGGUUGUGAGAACCUAUAAAAAGAAAAAUAAGAUUUAGGGGAAAUUUGUAAGAGACAUAGAGAAAAAGAUUAAGAAAAAAUGAAGAAUUUAUUGGUUCCAUUUGAAUUAAACUUGAUAUUUUAAACUCUACUUGCACAAGGAUUAGCUCUUUCUGUCACUGUGCUAUGCCUGGUUGUUUUUAAUGCUUAGAGGAAGGAAGGUGCACAGGUUAUGUGACUGAAGUGUAUAGCGAACCACAAUACACUUCUGAGAUUCUCUUGGCAAUGUUUUACAAUAUUCAGAUUUUAUACAAUUAUGAUCUUGACUUAAAAGAAAAGCAAAUGUAUAAAGUUUUAAAGUUAAAUUACAUUAACAUGAUACAUCUUAUAAAAUGUUGUGUUUUAUUACCAAAAUAGAAACAAGACCUCAUGAUUCACAGCUCGCAUUUCUCCUAUGAAUAGUGAAAUGAUUGUUACAUACUAUUGCUUGUAAAAGAGUGCUGUGGACUUAUGUUGUAAAAUUAUUUUGAAUGUAUUAUAUAUUAGUAAGUAUUUUUGUAUCAAUAAUCUCCUCUGAAUAAGUACUUCUUUAUUAAAUUCUAUAGUAUGAAACAAUUCAAUGUCUUCAUAUUUUGUUAUUUUAAAUCACAUUUGCAUUUCUGUAGCUUCAACUUUUAUGAUAUAAUAGUAGCUAAAGAAAUGAUCUUGCUUAACUCUUCAUUACUCUUAUCCUUGUCAUCAUCUGUUAUAUUUUUCCAAUCAGUUUCAAUCACUCAGAUGUUUGAUUACAAAAAGACAAUGAACAAAAAUUUUGAAAAAACUGAAUUACUGUCAUGCGAAGACUGAAAAUAUUGUAUAUGUUGUCUAUUGUUUGAUUUUAACAUUUCAAUGCAGAUUAUUUGCAUGAAAAUGCAUUAUAUUAAAAUUUAUACUUUUCAAAUUGAAUAAGAUAUAUUUAGACAGCACUGUUGUCAACAAUUUUCUUAGGUAGAGUUAUAUGUAUUAAUAUUGCAUUUAUGCAGCAGAUGUAGGCAUAAUGUUGGGAUUAUAUAGUAGUAUAUAAAAUUAAGCUAGUAUCAAAUUUAAAAGUGCAUUUAUAACUUCUGAUUUUAAAAUUCUACUUUAUUGUGCUUAUUUUUCAGUUUCAUCAAAAUGUCCAUUAUAUGCUGAUGCUCAAAUGAUUAAAAUGACCUAAAAUUAAUGCAAUAAUUAAAUAAAGAAAAUGAUACAUGGUGUGCUGCUUUAUUGUGACCUCAUAUCUGCUUUCUUCAGUGUUUGAAUAAAAUAUUCAUAUAUGCA